AUGUCUAACAAGUUCUCCGGGGUUCUUGCUGCUCUCAUCACUCCCUUCACAGAUGAUGGAAAGUCUGUUGACGCAGGCCGCUUCAAGGCUCACAUCGACAACCUGUUUGACGCCGGCAUUCACGGCCUUGUUCCCGGUGGUAGCACAGGUGAAUUCACCGUGUUGAGCCUCGAGGAACGCAAGCUGGUCAAUGAGCUUGCGGUCAAGUAUGCUGCUGGUCGUGGGCCUGUCAUUGCUGGUGUUGGAAGUACCAAGACCGAAGAGGCUGUGGACCUCGCCCUUCAUGCUGCGAAAAUCGGCGUGGACGCCGUCAUGGUCGUUCCUCCUUACUACGACCCUGUCAACUAUGAGCAGCUGAAGGAGCUUCUCUCGGAGAUUCACCAAGCCUCUGGACUCCCCAUUGUCUACUAUAACAUCCCGUCUAUCAGCGGCUUGACUCUCUCGCCCGAUGAAAUCGCUGGCCUGAGCUCCGUCGGCGUCUCGUCAUACAAGGAUACCUCGGGUAACGCGCCUGACUUCACCGAGCUCGUGUUCGGGCAUGGAGAUAAGAUCGCUGCGAUGAAUGGAUGGGAUACCCUCACUUUCUAUGGUAUGGCUGCCGGCAACGAGGCUAUUAUCUGGGGUGCUGCCAAUGUCAUUCCUGAAAUUGCCGUCGAGCUGUGGAAUGCCAUCGCGGUUCAAAACGACAUUCGCCAGGGUCGGGAAAUCUGGAAGAAGAUCUGGCCUAUUUGCAAGUUCCUUGAGGCACACAACUACUCGGCCGCCAUCAAGACUGGAAUGGAGCUGCGGGGCCAGAAGACUGGAGGUGUUCGGAAGCCCUUUGCUCUGUUGGACCCUAAGCACCACGCCGAGUACCGCCAGCUCCUACUCAACGCUCAGAUCCAGCUUCCUUGA